AUGCUCGCUCUCACCAGCGCAACGGGUAAACUAGGUUCAGCAGUAAUAUCCGCCAUCCUAGAAAACAACCUCAUCGACCCAAAGGACCUCGUAAUCUGCUCCUCCAGCCCCCCAACCCACCCGCACCUCUCCCACCUCCUCCAACUCCACCCAACCCUAACCCACCGCCCCAUCGACUUCACCAACCCAUCCACCCUAACCCCCGCCUUCACAUCCUGCAGCACCCUCUUCCUCGUCUCCACGCCCGCCAUCCACCUCGACUACAACAACGCCGUCCCAGGCCAAGGCCGCGAAGCCCACCACAUCGCCGCCAUUGACGCGGCACUCGCCGCGGGCGUUAGACACAUUUACUACACAUCGCUCGCAUUCGGCAAUCCGAGUAAAGCGGGUGUGAUGCGUGCGCAUAUACGCACCGAGGCGUAUUUACGCGAGGCGGAAGCCCAAGGGAAGUGUAAAGUGACGGUUCUACGCGAGGGCUUGUAUAGUGAGAGUUGGCCGUUGUAUUUUGGGUAUUUUUACGGACUAAAAGGGGAGAGGAGGGGGGAAGUGGUUGUAGCGGGUGAUGGGCGGGUUUGUUGGAGUAGUAUUUCGGAUUUGGGAUACGCGACCGCCAAAAUCCUAGCGGCGGAGAGUGAGGUGUGGGCGGGGAGGACGGUGUAUUUGUCGCAGAAGAGGGGGGUUACGUUGGCGGAGAUUGCGCGCGUUGUGAGUAGGGUCAAGGGAGAGGAGGUGAAGCUCAAGAUUGUGGAUACGAAGGCGUAUGAGGAUUUUUACGUCGAGGAGAUGGGAAUGGAGAGGGCGGCGGUGGAGUGGUGGAGUAGCACGUAUGAGGCGCUUGAGGAGGGGGAGUGUGAGAUUGAUGAUGGGACGUUGGAGGGGCUUUUGGCGGAGGCGGGGAGGAAGCCGAAGCAGAUUGAAGAGACGGUUGAGGAGAUGAUGAGAUAG